CGAGUGUGGUGUGGUAGCCAGAGGGCGGUGGCAUUUCUGUCUCUCUGCGUAAACGGAGCGGAGUGGAGAAGGAGAAGCAGAGAGCGCACUGAGAGAGCAGAGCAGCAGAGCUUCUAGUGGCAGUCAGGCAGCGGCGCCACGGACACGAGUGAAGGGACCCCGUGGCUGUUUCCACCACCUCUCUCUCUCUAUCUCUCUCUCUCUCCCUCUCUCUCUCUUCUCACAGCUUAACCUGUGCGCCUUUUCUCUCACGCGGACUUCGGGACUAGAGGCGAUAUACACUCACCCACCUUUUUGUUGGUGUUUUUUUGGCACUUGAUUUCUCAGCAGACCCUGAGGAGGUGGAGGUGGGGAGGAGGUGGUUCUCGUUUCCCCUCACCGUGGACCAAGGAGUUGUGUGUGUGUUUUAUUCUUUGCUUGUAUAAUGGGGAAAAGUGGCCAGAGAAGAAGUGGAAUAGGACAUUGCAGCUUGGUGAGGAUGUGCGCCACGCCGAGGAUCCUCCUGCUCCUCCUCCUCCUGGUGCUCGCGCACCGAGGAGUCGCCCAAGUGAGGGAUGAUGAUGAUUUCCUGAGCCUGAGCGAACUCCCGGAAACCUUCCCCUCGGACCCUCCGGAGCCCUUACCUCACUUCCUGUUCGAACCCGACGAAGGCUACAUUGUCAAGAACAAACCUGUCAAUCUCUACUGCAAAGCAACGCCUGCCACGCAGAUUUACUUCAAGUGCAACAGCGAGUGGGUCCAUCAGAAAGACCACACCGUGGAGGAGAGGGUGGACGAAAACUCAGGUCUGGUCGUAAGAGAAGCCAGUAUAGAGAUUACACGGCAGCAGGUGGAGGAGCUGUUUGGACCUGAAGAUUACUGGUGCCAGUGCGUGGCCUGGAGCUCCGCUGGAACCACCAAAAGCCGGAAGGCACACGUCCGCAUUGCAUACCUGAAGAAGUCAUUCGAACAGGAACCCCUGGGAAAGGAAGUAUCUCUGGAGCAGGAAGUGCUGUUACAGUGUCGCCCUCCGGAGGGCAUACCGGCUGCUGAGGUGGAGUGGUUGAAGAACGAAGAGAUAAUUGACCCAGCAGAGGACAGAAACUUCUACAUCACUAUCGACCACAACCUGAUCAUCAAACAGGCACGUCUGUCCGACACAGCCAACUACACAUGUGUGGCCAAGAACAUAGUGGCCAAAAGACGAAGCACUACGGCCACCGUCAUUGUUUACGUGAACGGUGGCUGGUCGACGUGGACGGAGUGGUCGGUGUGUAACAGUCGCUGUGGACGGGGCUUCCAGAAACGAACCCGCAGCUGUACUAACCCCGCCCCUCUCAACGGAGGACUGCCUUGUGAGGGACAGGCCAUUCAGAAACUUGCCUGCACCACACUGUGCACCGUGGACGGUGUGUGGACAGAGUGGACUAAGUGGUCGGCCUGUGGGACAGAGUGCACCCAGUGGAGGAGGAGGGAGUGCAACAACCCAGCACCUAAGAACGGAGGAAAGGACUGUGAUGGGCUGGUACUCCAGUCUCAGAACUGUACUGACGGACUCUGUAUGCAAAGUUCAUUGUUUCAGAUGUCCACUGAGAACAAAGAAAACAGUGAUUUGGGAAUCCCAUCUGCUCCAAGUACAGAUGAUGUGGCGCUCUACGUGGGCAUCGUCAUUGCAGUGAUUAUGUGCCUGGUCAUCUCAGUCAUCGUGGCGCUCUUCGUCUACCGCAAGACACACCGCGACUUUGACUCUGACAUCAUCGACACGUCUGCACUAAACGGAGGCUUCCAGUCUGUUAAUAUCAAAACAGCCAGAUCAGCUGAUCUACUGACAGCUCCUCCUGACUUGACAAAUGCAGCUGCCAUGUACCGCGGUCCAGUGUAUGCCCUCCAUGAUGUUUCAGAUAAAAUCCCGAUGACCAACUCCCCUCUCCUGGACCCCCUACCCAACUUGAAGAUCAAAGUCUACAACUCUUCUGGUCUGGUCACACCGCAGGACGACCUCGGAGGAGACUUCACAUCCAAACUGUCUCCUAAGGUAACUCAGUCUCUGUUGGAGCACAGCGACACCAUGAACCUUCGCAACCAGAGCUUGGCCCGAACACGAGACCCUUCUUGUACCGCUCAUGGAUCCUUCAACAACCAGGGAGGACACCUCAUCGUACCCAACUCUGGUGUGAGUUUGUUGGUUCCAGCGGGCGCUGUUCCUCAGGGUAGGGUGUACGAGAUGUAUGUGACUGUGCACAGGAAGGACAGCUUGAGACCCCCUGUAGAGGAUGUCCAGACGGUGCUGAGCCCGGUGGUGAGUUGUGGACCUCCAGGAGCCCUGCUGACCAGACCAGUGAUCCUCACCAUCCACCACUGUGCUGACAACGUCCAGGAAGACUGGUUCAUACAGCUGAAGAACCAACUGGCCAUGGGAGAGUGGGAGGAUGUGGUUGUGGUGGGAGAGGAGAACUUCACCACCCCCUGCUAUGUGCAAAUGGACUUGGAGGCAUGUCACAUUCUAACAGAGACACUGGGGACGUACUGCCUGGUGGGCCAGUCGAUCUGCAAGGCAGCCGCCAAGAGGCUCAAAUUGGCUGUUUUUGGACCCGUCUCCUGCACAACUUUGGACUAUCACAUCAGGGUCUAUUGUCUGGACGACACACAGGAUGCACUCAAGGAGGUUCUUCAGAUGGAGACCCAGAUGGGAGGGAAGCUUCUGGAUGAGCCAAAGACCCUGAACUUUAAAGACAGCACACACAAUCUGAGACUGUCAAUCCACGAUGUGCCGCACACACACUGGAAGAGCAAACUCAUUGCCAAGUAUCAGGAGAUCCCAUUCUACCAGGUGUGGAGUGGCAGUCAGAGAACUCUUCACUGUACCUUCACCCUGGAGAGACUGAGCCCAGCCACCUCAGAGAUCAGCUGCAAACUGUGUGUACGGCAGGUGGAAGGAGAAGGACAGAUCUUUCAGCUCAGCAACACAUUAGAGGAGGAUGUCCAGUGCAUAGACACGUCCCUGAUGGACCCAGCCAGUAACAUCACAACCUUAGUGGGACCCAAUGCCUUCCGCAUUCCUUUAUCCAUCAGACAGAAGCUGUGUGGCAGUCUAGAUGCACCACAGACCAGAGGCAACGACUGGAGGAUGCUGGCCCACAAACUCAACCUUGACAGGUACCUGAACUACUUUGCCACCAAGUCCAGUCCGACAGGUGUGAUCCUGGAUCUCUGGGAGGCCCAGCACUUCCCCGAUGGAGAUCUAAAUGAACUAGCCGCUGUGCUGGAAGAGAUGGGUCGCCAUGACGGUAGCCUCGCCUCCAUGACAAUGGAACACUGACGAUUAACGUGGUUACCGUGACAACGACAGAACUCUGGAGACGAUUACAAGUGAAUUCUCUAUGGAUGAUGCUGCAGCAAGGGCAGUGAACAGAUUAGAUGCGAGCAAAAGAAAAGUUGUCGCCAUGGUAAUUGAGCACCGGUUAAAUACCAUGGCAAUCAUGCCGACAUGGUAACAGACGAGAAAUGCUCGAGCUGGUGCUGGAAACUAUGUGCGUAUCUUUGUGUGUUUAUUUGAGCAACGUUGCAGUGUUGUGUUCGACCGAAGGAGGCAUAACCCAAACUACGACACAAACACAGUCUAUCAGGAACAAACAAUACAUACGCACGCCUAAAAAAAAAAGAUCUUGUCUGGUGUAACACUAGUUGUUUUCUUGCUGUUACUUUAUACUGAACAAAGAGAAGCAAAGAAAAGAAGCAACAGAGGUACCGACCUUGAAAACCUCUAUAGGAAUGGAACAGAAUCAUAAAGGGAGAGAAGCUAAACUGAUUACAAGUGAGUGGGAGAAGGUAUAGUGAAGAAAAAGAGGCAGUGAGUCAGAGACAAGACUCUUUAGUAAGACAAGAGUAAACACGGGGAGAGGCUAAACUGAUUACAAGAGAGAGGGAGGACGUAAGCAUAAAAUGAUGGAAGAAGCUGCAGGUGAUCAUCUGUACGGACAGGAUGGAAAACCGAUAAUGAGAGAGGGGAGAUAAAGAAGUGAUCCCUCACUUGCGAGCCUUGGCUGUACGUGUUUUGCCAGUACAGUUUGUUGUCUUUAUAUCGUUUCCUAGGGAACGCUCUAUGUAUUCUGCUGUCCAUAUGUGUGGAUCAUUUCCCGCUAACAGAAUUUGCUACACAGUGACUGUCAAUCAAAGGGUCCUGACCAGAAAGAAGCCCGAGACUACAGGUAUCCCCUUUUUAGCUGAAAUCAUAAGUGAUGUUCAAAUUUGUGUAAUUAGAAGUAUUAAGUCAAAGGCAAAUGAACGUGCUGUCCACUUGCCUUUAACUUGUGCCUCUGAUUUUCUUAAAAAAAGGCAAUCCAAAGAUGAUUACACUGCUGAUGGAUGCAAGUAAAAAUGUAUUUUUUGUUUUCCAUUUUUAGCAGUUGUGACAGAGUCUGUUUUGAGGUAUAUUUAAGAUUGCACUUAUGAUAAACAGGGCAAAGAUGCAGACUGUCAGCUAUUCAUUCUCAUACACAGUAUAUUUUAUAAUAUGUUUGUUUAAAUGGAGUCAGCAUUUACUAAACAGCAAAAAAGUUGGAGGUUUCACCACGAGCAUCAAAGCCAGGAUGAUCUUCAAGCUACAAAUGCUUAACUAAAAUCAAGUGUUAACGUGUUUUCUGCAGUGUUGCUGCUGCUCCGUUCCUCCCCAAAGAGGAGUUGUUUGGACGAAGCUGUAGUGCAGAUGCAGACUAGAUGCAGGUUGGGGAAUUCCAGCCAUGGCUACCACAUUUGGUUAACCACAACCUCAAUUCCAGGAGUUUCUCUAAUAGACUGUCGGGGCUUGUUUCUGGACAGGGUCCAACUCAGAGAAAACUGAGGAAGCAAAAAGGGAUGAACUAAGAGUGAAAACACAAGUGUUUUUAAAUACAAUAAUAUACAAACUACCAUAGUAUUAUGCGAUAGUGAGUUAAAUACAGCUGAUAUCAUUCAUUACCGCUAAAUGUACGCAAUAUACGGAUUUUAUCAUAUUUUAAUUUACUAAAAUAUAUAUAGCCUACAUAUAUAUAUUUGUGUCAUAUUUUCAGUGUCUCAACAUCACAGGAUGUCAGUUGUGUUGUCUGCCGUCAGGCCACAUGUGAUUUCACUUGUGAUCACCACCAUGACUUGAUCAUGGUCACUAGCACCAUCCAGUGGCUUCUGAAGAAUAACAGCAUUUACAUUUGUUGAUUGUCUGAAACGUGUAAAUACAUGAUUAUCAUGUCCAUUCUAAUGACCUUUUAUUAUCAUAAUAUUUUUUGUUCGGUGGUCAUUAUUGUGUUACUUACAUUAACAUUAUUGUUUGCCAUUUUAAUGUUUUUAUAGGUGUGAACUGUAUGGGGGGGGGGGAUGAAAUCUGUAACAUAUCAGUUAGUUGCCCUUUGUCUAAAACAAUGUUCGGUCAGAAACUCACAUUCCAACUCGUGGUGUAUUGCUUGAAAAAGUUGCAAUUUAGAGCUAAAAAUCAAGAUACCAACUAAAGGGGCCUACAGUAUGUAAAAUGAAGUGUAAUAUAUUUGUGUUUUACAGAACAACAUUGUGGCUUUCAAAUGUAUGCAUAGACUCGGGUCAACAGUGUCUGACGAAAACGUGAAACUCCAACAAGCCGGCUUUGAGGGAAGAAAAACAGCCUUAUUUUAGUGGCAUUUGAGUAGCUGUCAGAUGUCCAUGGGGACAUAAACUCUAUUCACCAUGUAAAGGACAACAUGAUCAUAAAAACUGGAGUUAAGAUAUUUCUUCUACGAACUAUGGAGAGACGCCAUAUGAAACUGAACAUCAGGUAUGUAGAGGAAAUACCGAGGACAGUGUAAAGACCAAGUAGGCAAAGGCUGUGUUAACACCGAUACAAAAGGUCAGUCUUUACCUCUUCAUGACAGAUUUCAUCUUGCGGCUGUCUACACAGGAGGAAACCUUGAGACAUUGAUUUUACACAAUGAUUUUUCAGAAAUGUGCGAGUAAAGAAUCUGACCUCUUGUAUCUGUGUAAAACCAGACAUAGAAGACAUACAAGUCCUUAAAAUUAUGUAUCUUUUAAUUUCGGACCGCCUUAUUAACCAAAUUUGGAAAGGUGUACGAUUAAAUGACGGAGUGGAUGUUUUGUAUGUUUUCAAAUGUAACCGCUGAUGUCAUAUGUGAGGAAAUCAAAGGGAAGAGUUGUGUAAGUUUUGAGGAUAAAAGCCUAAAAUAUCAAGUCAUCAAUUCAGUAUGCUUCAGAACAAAACAUUCAUCCAAAUGUCAUGACAAUGUCUCUUUCAAACAAUGUGAUCAUCAACAUCUCUUGUUAAUUUUAACUGAUGAAACGUGUGCAAGGAGACGAUCGGUUAAGAAAUGCAAGUUACCAGUUACAGUGUAACUUAAAUUUGAUCCUUGCCAUGUUCUUAGUCUACAGUUUACCAGCAGGACAGACUGUUUGUUAAUGGAGUAGACUGAAAAAGGUAGUUUUCAUAUGAGGAUAGCAAACGUUAGGCCUCCAGAAGAUGAUCCUUCAUGAUGUGAAAAUGAAGAAAGUAGUGUUAAGAUAUCAAAGUAUGUAAAAAAUAUUUUGUAUCCACAAUAUGUACAGUUGUGUACUGUCAGCUAUAUUUGGCAAAUUUGAGAAUAUAAAAAGAGCAGUACAGUUAGAUACUAGUUUGUAUGUUUCAAGUUUUUAUUUAAGUUUCUUUCCUUUUUUGUAAAAGCAGUGUCUACUAUGCAAACUUGGCAUUGGUUAUCAUGUUAGAAGUCUAUAACUAGAGCUGUGCUUGUAAGUGCAUUUUUAUUUUACUAUCAGGGGUGAUUUGAUUUGAUUAGUGCGGGGUAGUGUUGGUCCAUAUUUGCUAAUUCUGGCACGCUUCAUGAAUCUUGCUCAAUCUUGCUGAAUGCUCGCCUCUCUAUCUCCUCUAAUUGUUUUCUGUACAAAGUGUAAGAAAGAAUUUUUAAGACAAUUAAUAAAUUAUAUUUAUAAGCAACGCUGAAAA